UAGAAUUUAGACCACCACUGAUUUAGGAGUUACUUCCCUUGAAAUACGCCGGUGCACGAAUUGUUUGGUUGUUGCCAAAGGUCAUUUUUCACACAUCAUGGAGGUUGUUGUUGUGCAUGCCAAGUCAGGCAAAGAGCUGUCAACAUUUAGUGUGACAGAAUCAACUUCAAUAGGUGAUCUUAAGAAACAGUACCAAAAGAAAAAUGGGAAGUACUAUCCAGAGAGGCAAUCAUACAGGACAGAUCCAAGGGGAAAGAUGUUGAAGGAUGAACAAACUUUGGGAAGUUUGGACCUUGGUAAGAGAGGAAAACUGUACUUCAAGGACCUGGGACCACAAGUUGGCUGGACUACGGUGUUCCUGACAGAGUAUGCAGGACCUUUGGUUAUAUACCUGAUCUUCUAUAUGAGACCUUCCAUUAUCUAUGGAAGCUUGGCAGACACUCCUAGAGCCUCAGUUGUCAAUAUAGCUGCAGCCUGCUGGUCAUUCCACUAUGCUAAGAGGCUGUUGGAGACUGUGUUUGUACAUAGAUUCUCACAUGCUACCAUGCCUAUCAUGAACAUAUUCAGGAAUUCCUCCUAUUACUGGGGUUUUGCAGCCCUUGUUGCCUACUUCGUGAACCACCCUCUCUACACUGUACCAUCAUAUGGUGAUCUGCAGGUCUAUGGAGGACUCGCUCUCUUUAUUAUAUCAGAACUUGGUAACUUGUCUAUCCACCUUGCAUUCAAGAAUAUGAGGCCAGCAGGGAGCAAAGUAAGAAAGAUACCAUAUCCCUGUGGCAAUCCUUUCACCCAGUUGUUCAGCUUUGUUUCCUGUCCAAACUAUACAUACGAGGUGCUAGCUUGGGUUGGAUUUUCUAUCAUGACACAGUGUCUCCCAGCUGCAAUGUUUACCCUGUGUGGAGGCUACCAGAUGACUGUAUGGGCAAUUGGCAAGCAUAAUUACAGAAAGGAGUUCUCAAAUUAUCCAAGGAUCGUAAAGUUCAUACAUUCUCAUUAG